AUGUCUUUCUCAAACGCAGAUACCGGUUCCAAGAAUGCUGAUCCAUACAAGGAGAAGAACUAUGAAGACCCAAGCACUGAGGAGAAGGUUCAGGACCUCGUCGACUACAUCAGCCGAGAGAAGUUUGGUAUGAUGACUACAUACUCUUCUCACUCAGGUACUCUCGCCUCUAGGUGCAUGGCAAUUGCUGCAAAGGAAAAUGGUGGCAUCGACCUAAUCUUCCAUACAAACACCGAGUCCGGCAAGACCGACGACCUCAAGCAAGAUAACGCCAUCAACAUGUCCUUCUACAACAACACCGGCGAGUGGGCCUCAAUCUCUGGCGAAGCAGAAAUCGUCACGGACCGAGACACUGUCAAGAAAUACUACUCGCAGGAAUUGAAGACUUGGGUUGGUGAUCUAGGAGAUGGUGUACAUGAUGGAAGUGAGAAUGAUCCAAGAAUUGGUUUGAUUAGACUCAAGACGAAGACUGCUACAUAUGCUCUUGCCAGAAGCAAUGCUAUCAGUCGAGGAAUUGAGAUUGUACAGGGUGCGUUUACUGGAAAGACUGCGCAGGUGAACAAGUUGAGGGAGUUGAGUGAGCAGGAGGUUUCAUCCUACCGAAGCAGUCAUUAA